GACUCAGAGGAACGCGCGCGACGGUGUAUAACGUAUAUUUUACAUGUCGUGACGUUAUAAUGUGUUGAUUUAACAAAUAAAUAAUUGUUACUAGAUAUUGACUGUUUACUAUAAAUUGUAAUCUAAAAAAAAUCCAUAAAGAUGCCUGUCCGAACAGAAUCAAAUAAGAUUAGUGAUGUAUUCACAUCAGUGCAAUUUAACAGAACUUCCCAUCAAAAUUAUCUAAAAAAGUUAAGAAAGUACUAUGAGAAGAUGGACUUUGAUGAAUUUGUAGAUGAAUUCAUUUCUAACCUGAGAGUGCCAAUGACUUAUAUUGAGAAACAUCCAAACGUUGAAAAUACAUUGCAGUUUGCUGCUAAGUUUGCUAUUUGCUUACAACCACAAAGUGAAAAUGAAGAAGAAUAUGAAGAAAUGUGCCCAUUUCUUGAAAAAAUCUUUGAAUUCCUAUUAGCUCAUCAUGGUGCAAAAGAAGUUGGAGUAAGAUUUAGAGUUUGUUACUUCCUUAAUAUGAUACUGGAUACAAUGGGUGACAAUGCUAGUAUAGAUGAUGAGCUCUGUAAUAAAAUUCUCCAAUGUAUGAUGGAUAGAAUUCUAGACAAGUCCCCCAAAGUUAGAGCACAAGCAGCAAUUGCCUUACAUCGUCUGCAAGAGCCAAAUAAUAAAGAUUGUCCUGUCAUCAACAUUUAUUUAUUUCAUUUGGCUAAGGAUCCUAGUGCUGAAGUAAGAAGAGUUAUCUUAGCAAAGAUGGGUAAAAAUAAGAAAACACUCCAUGCAGCCAUCAAGAGGAUCAGAGAUGUCGAUGAUGCAGUACGCAAAAUGGCUUAUAUGUUUAUCAGUAAAAUUACAGUUAAAUCUUUGACAAUAUCUCAAAGAGAACAAUUAAUCAAUAAUGGCCUGCAAGAUAGAUCUGAUAUUGUUAAAAAGUGUGUGAAAGAAAUUCUUAUACCAUCAUGGCUACGCUAUUAUGAUAAGAAUUUCAUUGCAUUUAUUAAGGCUAUAGAUGCUGAGCAUGCAGCCAAAACAGCUACUCUGGCAAUGAAUUGUUUGUUCAAGAAUGUAGAAAUGGAUAUAUUGAUUAAACAGUUGCCUAUCGAUAACACAAAGUUCAUACCUUUGGAUCAGCUUAGCAGUGAAAAUGUAUUGUAUUGGAAAUGUUUGGCUGAAUUUUUCAAAACUGAAAAUUUGUUUGAUGAAUUUGAUCAGAUUAUACCAGAACUAUCUCCAUUUUGUACCUACAUCAAAGAAUUUAUUACUAUGAUGAAUUCAAGUUCCAAUAAACAGUACGAAGAGAUAUCAAAGCAAUUCAUUCUACACCAAUUAUUUGAAAUGGUAAAACUUCAUGAUUUAUCUGAUGAAAUGGGCCGCAGCAAUCUAAAAGAAUUAAUUUUAGACACAUUGCAAAAUUAUAAAUGCUCAGAAAAAAUAAGUGAAUGCAUUGUUAAGUACUUUGAACAAGUUAUACCAGAUACAAAUAGUAGAGUGAAUAUGUUGGUAGAAGUUAUUAAUGAAAUCAGAUUUCCAUUGAAAGCAAAUAUCCCAACUCAAAAUGUUUUAUCAGAAGAUGAACAGCAUGAAAGAAAAAUGGAGAGAGCAAAGCUUGGAAUUCAGUUAUUGGAGCUAGAAGAUGAAGAGUAUAAAGCUAUUCAGCAUAAAGAUUAUGUAAAGGCACAGGAAAUAGCUCAAAAAGUAACAGCAUUAAAAGCAGAAAUAGAAAAUUUAUCAAAUGAACCUGAAAUUGCUGAAUCACAGACACAAUGUGAAGAAAAAAAUGAUCCUGAAACAAUGAUACAGUGUUUGCAAAUAAUGUAUUAUAUGAUGCAGUCCAAUGCUAUUAAUUCUCUAUCGCCAACUUUAAGAACUUUAAUGGAAAGUGUCGCCCACCCUUUUGUUAAUCUCAAUAAUCCUGAAAAAGUACUCAUUUUGGCUUUGAAAUGUAUUGGAUUAUGUUGUCACGUCGAUAAAGAUCUCGCUAAAAAGUAUCUUAUAAUAGUCAUGUUCUACAUAUCAGAAUCUACAAGCGAAGAUGUAUGGAUAGCUGCUACGGAAAUUGUUUUUGAUUUGUUAUUAAAAUAUGGUUUUGACCAUUUUGACAUAGCGCAAGAUGAUGAUAAUAUACAAAAUGGUAGUAAACGUAGUAAAUCUGUACGUUUGUAUUCUCAUACUGAUGAAGAUAUUCAUGUUAAUGAUAAAAUAGCUCCUGUUGAUGGUAGCAAUGAUGUUAUCAAAGGUUUGAUGGCACUACUAGACAAUACGUCUCAAAGACUCCAAGCAGUAGCCACCGAAGGCUUGUGCAAAUUAAUUUUGCAUAAGAGAAUUAGCAGUUAUCAAUUGAUUUCCCAGUUGUUAAUUCUGUGGCACAAUCCAUUGUCAAAAGAAAAUCCAUUUCUAAUUCAGUGUUUAUGUAACUUCUUUAAUCUGUAUAUAAGCAAAGUUUCUGAGAGUCAAACCAUCCUAGAAGAAGCAUAUUUACCUACUCUGAAGACACUAGCUAAUGCACCUGAAAUGAGUUCUUUACAGGAUAUUGAUUUACUCAGAGUUAGUGAAGUCAUUAUCAGUCUUACUUGCUGUGCUAUUCAUAAUAACUAUAGUAUACACAAUCAAUUGGCUUACACGUUAUUGAAUGAAAUAUUGAAUCCAGAAACAGAAAUUGAAAUGGAUAUAUUGGUCAAGUCUCUAAAGAUGUUAGAUAUACAGUUAGAUGGUGAAAAUUUAAAAAACGAUAUUUUAAAAGCUCUAGAUGAAGUUGAUAAACUGUUAAAUCAUUCAGGCGAAAAGCGACUACUAAGUUAUGUUCACCAAUUUAGAGCUAAAAUUACAGCCCUUAAAAAUAAUGAAACAAAUGAUAAUGAAAAUACAAAGAAUCAAGAAGAAAAUGAAAAUACAGAAAAUGACGACGGAGAAAAUGAAGAUGAACAAGAUACUGAGGGUGAGGUUGACAAAUAACAGAAACUUGUAUCAAAUAUAUUUUUAUCCUAAUUACUUUAUAGAAUAAGACUCAAAUUGAAAGUAUUUCAAGCUACAUACAAUUCUAGUUUGAAAAAUUAAUUUAAUGUAUACUAUAUUUAAAGAGUUUUAUAAUUAUUUAUACAUUUAAUAUAAAGUAACUAUAAUUUUAUCACGUAUAAAUUUAAAAGCUCACCUUAUUUAAUUUUUAAUUUUCUUACCACAUGUUAAAACUAAUCUUUAUUCAGUCAAAUUAUACCAUAAUCACAAACCAAUGUGAUAAUAAAAAAACUAAGCGACUAGUAGAACUUUAUCUCAGUACUCGCAUAAUAUUCAAAAUUAAACUUCCUUCCACGAAAGACACGUUUCAAGUUAUUACGAUUAGCUCCCGAGAUGUUGAUAACGCUAAUAUCAAUAAUAUUAUCAUCUAUUUCGAGUUGUGUGGCACUUCUUUGCAACUUGUUACAACAAAAGUCCAUGUGACGAAAUCUAAGGAAUGAUAAAAAGAUUAUAACUAUAUAGUGUAUCAUACAAAGUGCACAAAUAAUAAUUGAUAGGUCGAGAAAAAAUAAAAACAAUAGUAUAUCCAAAUAUUAAUUAAAUUAUGAGAACUAACAAAACACUUGAUAAACAAUCAUAAUAAAUA